AGGCUGUGAGUGCAGUCUCAUGAUCUUGGCUCACUGCAACCUCUGUCUCCUGGGUUCAAGUGAUUCUUGUGCCUCAGCCUCCCAAGUAGCUGAGAUACAGGAUUGACUUCUAAAGACUCUGGGUACGUGAGGAAGAAACCCGGAAGAGGAAGAGGAGAGCAAAGGAGUCAGGGAUGGCUCUUCCUCAGAGUCUGUUGACAUUCAGGGACGUGGCCAUAGAAUUCUCUCAGGAGGAGUGGAAAUGCCUGGACCCUGCUCAGAGGACUCUAUACAGAGACGUGAUGCUGGAGAAUUAUAGGAACCUGGUCUCCCUGGAUAUCUCUUCCAAAUGCAUGAUGAAUACAUUGUCAUCAACAGGGCAAGGCAAUACAGAAGUGAUCCACACAGGGACAUUGCAAAGACAAGCAAGUUAUCACAUUGGAGCAUUUUGCUCCCAGGAAAUUGAGAAAGACAUUCAUGACUUUGUGUUUCAGUGGCAAGAAGAUGAAACAAAUGACCAUGAAGCACCCAUGACAGAAAUAAAAAAGUUGACUAGUAGUACAGACCGAUAUGAUCAAAGGCAUGCUGGAAACAAGCCUAUUAAAGGUCAGCUUGAAUCAAGAUUUCAUUUGCAUUUGCGAAGACAUAGGAGAAUUCAUACUGGAGAGAAACCUUACAAAUGUGAAGAAUGUGAGAAAGUUUUCAGUUGCAAAUCACAUCUUGAAAUACAUAGGAGAAUUCAUACUGGAGAGAAACCAUACAAAUGUAAGGUUUGUGACAAGGCUUUUAAGCAUGAUUCACACCUGGCACAACAUACUAGAAUUCACAGGGGAGACAAACAUUACACAUGUAAUGAAUGUGGCAAGGUUUUUGAUCAAAAAGCAACCCUUGCAUGUCAUCAUAGAAGUCAUACUGGAGAGAAACCUUAUAAGUGUAAUGAGUGUGGCAAGACCUUUAGUCAGACAUCACACCUUGUGUACCAUCAUAGACUGCAUACUGGAGAGAAACCUUAUAAAUGUAAUGAGUGUGGCAAGACCUUCGCUCGAAAUUCAGUCCUCGUAAUUCAUAAGGCAGUUCAUACUGCAGAGAAACCCUAUAAGUGUAAUGAGUGUGGCAAGGUUUUUAAGCAACGAGCAACUCUUGCAGGACAUCGUAGAGUUCACACUGGAGAGAAACCUUACAGAUGUGAAGAAUGCGACAAAGUUUUCAGUCGCAAAUCACAUCUUGAAAGACACAGGAGGAUUCAUACUGGAGAGAAACCAUACAAAUGUAGGGUUUGUGACAAGGCUUUCCGGAGUGAUUCACGCCUUGCAGAACAUCAGAGAGUUCAUACUGGAGAGAGACCUUACACAUGUAAUGAAUGUGGCAAGGUUUUUAGUACAAAAGCAUACCUCGCAUGUCAUCAAAAACUUCAUACUGGAGAGAAACUUUACGAAUGUGAAGAAUGUGACAAAGUUUACAUUCGCAAAUCACACCUUGAAAGACAUAGGAGGAUUCAUACAGGAGAGAAACCUCACAAGUGUGGUGAUUGUGGUAAAGCCUUUAAUUCACCUUCGCACCUUAUUAGGCAUCAGAGAAUCCAUACUGGACAGAAAUCUUACAAAUGUCAUCAGUGUGGCAAGGUCUUUAGUCUGAGGUCACUCCUUGCAGAACAUCAGAAAAUUCCUUUUGGAGACAGUUGUUUCAAGUGCAAUGAGUAUAGCAAACCAUCAAGCAUUAAUUGACAUUAGAGUCAAAUCAGCAUUGACCUGAGUUUGAGUUGACUUAACAUUGAUUUCAAGCAUUAAUCGACAUUAGACUGUUUAUGUUAAGAGGAUUGGGCCAGGCGUGGUGUCUCACACCUGUAAUCCCAGCACUUUGAGAGGCCAAGACAGGUAGGUCACUUGAGGUCAUGAAUUUGAGACCAGCCUGGCCAACAGACGGGAGCCACUUUUCCCAGCCUGUAUGUUCUUUUAUUUAUUUAUUUAUUUUUAAGAUGGAAUCUUGCUCUGUCGCCGACGUUGGAGUGCAGUGAUGUGAUCUCGGUUCACUGCAACAUUCACCUCCCAGGUUCAUGCAAUUCUCCUGCCUCAGUCUCCUGAGUAGCUGGGACUACAGGUGCGUGCCACCAUGCCUGGGUAAUUUUUUGUAUUUUUAGUAGAGACUGGGUUUCACCGUGUUAGCUAGGAUGGUCUCGAUCUUCUGUCCUUAAAAUCCACCUGCCUCCACCUGCCAAAGUGCUGAGAUUACAGGCGUGAGCCACCACACCUGGCCUGUUUUUUGUUUCUUUAACAAAAAGUUAUAGAAAUUUCUCUGGGUAUUGUGUUGAAUCUACAUCACAUUCAGUUAUAUAAUCAUUUAGCAAUAUUAUUCCAUUCAAUAUGGCUUGUAUCUCUUAUUUGCAUAUGUUUUUAAUCACUUUGAUCAAUGUUUGUAGAUUUGAAGGUAGAAACUUCUCAACUUUUUUCAUUUAUUCCUAAGUAUUUCUUACUUUAAGUUCUUUAGCAAAUGAAAGUGUUUUUUUAAUUUUCUUUUUAAACUGUUUAUUGUUAAUGUAUGGAAAUUCAACUAAUUUUUGGUGCUGUUAUUCUAUUCUGCAAAUCCACUGCAUAUGUUUAUUAGUUCCAGUUGCAUUUUGGUUGACUCUUUGUGAUUUUCUACACAGAAGAUCAUGUCAUCUACAAAGAAAUAGAGUUUUACUUCUGUCUUUCUGAUUUGGAUGAGUUUGAUUUCUUUUGCUAUUUCAUUGCUCUAGCUAGGACAGCCAGUAUUGAUUGAAUAGAAGGGGUGAGAGCAUUCUUGCAUCAUGUGAGAUCCUACAGGAAAAGCAUUCCAUUUUCCCUGACUGGUUAUUUCUGCUGUGGUCAUUUCAUGGAUGGUCUUUGUAUUGUUGAGGUAAAUUUCCUUCUCUUUCUAUUUUGUUUAGGAUUUCCAUGAUGACUGGAUGUUGAAUUUUGUGAAAUGCUUUUUCUCCAUGUAUUGAGAUGAUGUGGUUUUCAUCUUUCAUUAUGUUCAAGUGGUAUAUCACAUUGAUUUGCUUGACUAUGUUAAACCAUUUUGCAUCCCAGAAAUAAGUGUCACUUGCAUAUCAACAAUCCUUUUUAUAUCCUCUUGAAUACAGUUCGCUAGUACAAGGGGUCUUCAGGAAGUUCAUGGAAAAAUACAUAUUAUGAGAAAAUUGUGCAUGAUAUCACAUUUUUUGCACCAAGAUAAACUGGUACAAAUCCAUUAUAACAUGUCUGAACAGGGUUUGGUUUGAGGCACUCGGAUGGGUAAGACAUGAGUUUGAAAAGAGACUCAAUCAAGGCAAUGUAAAUUCUGCUAAAACUGAAACAAGAAGAAACAUCAAAUUUGCGAUGAGACCAGAUGCUGUGGCUCAGUCCUGUAAUCCCAGCACUUUCAGAGGCUGAGACAGUUGGGUCACGUGGGCCCCGGUACUCAAGACCAGCCUGGGCAGAAUGGUGAAACCACCUUCUCUACAAAAAAUACACAAAUUAGCUGGGCAUCAUGGCACAUGUCUGCUGGUUCAGCUUCUGUGGAGUCUGCAGUGGGAGGAUGGCUUGAGCCUAGGAGUUCGAGGCUGCAGGGAGCCAUGAUCAUGCCAUUGUACUCCAGCAUGGGUGACAGAGACAGAUAGUGUAUCAAAAAAUGAAUCUGGUAAAGUUUAGGUAGAGGGACAAUGAAAUCAUUGAUGCUUUAUGAAAAGGUUAUGGGGACGAUUCCCAAAAUAAAUCACCAGUUUGUAAAUGGAAAACUUAUUUUAAGUUGGGACAAGAUGAUGUUGAAAGUGAUGCACAGGACAGGUGUGGUGGCUCACACCUGUAAUCCCAGCACUUUGGGAGGCCAAGGCAAGAGCAUCACGAGGUCAGGAGAUCGAGAACAUCCUGGCUAACACGGUGAAACCCCAUCUCUACUAAAAAUACAAAAAAUUAGCCGGGCGUGGUUGUGGGGGCCUGCAGUCCCAGAUACUCAGGAGGCUGAGGCAGGAGAAUGGCAUGAACCCAGGAGGUGGAGCUUGCCAUGAGCAGAGAUCAUGCUACUGCACUCCAUCCUGGGCGACAGAGUGAGACUCCAUCUCAAAAAAAAAAAAAAAAGAAAAAAGAAAGUGAUGCACAGAGUGGCAGGCAGACUAUCCACAUAAGUUUUAUAGGUACAACUGUCAAAGAAGACAUUGGAGAAGAGCCAAGCUGGAUCUAUAAGGAAUUGCAUAUGAGAUGGCACACAUAUUCAUGCUGUCUGAAGAUUCAGUCACGUUACCAUAUCAAGCUGAAAAUGUCACCACUCUCUGGAGAGUUGGACAUGUUUUAUUGAGAAUGUAUUUUUUCUCUCUGGAUCUGUUAUGAACACCUUUGUUGGCUUGGUUCAGUAAUAAAUAUGUGAGACUUUAAAAAAAGUCAAA